GCUUCCACUGACAGUAUGGAAAUCCACAAUUGAAGCAAUUGAUGAAGAAAAAUGGGAUCAUUGUCUCAUAAUGGCUGCUGAUACAAAGCAAUGUACCCCUGAGGAGAAAGAGAUAUCAACAGUACAAAGGGGACAUGAGGUUGACAUGAACCUACAGUUGCAUACUGGUGACACCCUCCAGGUGCAAAUGACAUCAGAAAUAAAAAGGGGUUAUCACAUGCCUGCUGUUUAGUUGGUGCACAUUAAACCAACAUUUGAGAUCUGUGUGGAACAUGUCCACAGCCCUAUCACUUGCUUCUCCAGAUCUGCAGAUGAUCCAUCAAGGAUCCAAUACAGUAGCACAGAGGAAUAUGUACGGAUCUGGAAACCAUUGUGUGAGAUGGAAUCUGCUACUAAUGCAGUGGAUGAAAGUGACAGCAUAAUCAUCGAGAACUUGGUGGUAGACUUCAGUCAAGAGCAGGAAGGAACUCAAACAGGAAGCUUCUUCUUGCCUCUGAAAUGGAUCGAUGAAUGGGCCAUUGAGUGUAACCUUUCAAGGUGCUUUCUGUGCAUACGUAAAAGAAGUCUGAGGCUGGCUUCAACUUUUGAACAUUCUGCAGUGGUGGACCCAAAAGAGUUCACAUGGGUGGCCCAUGGUGUCACAAGAAAUGUAGAAAGAAAGAAGAACCCUCUAAAUGAAGGAAGCAAAGUUGAGUUCUAUGUCAGUCCAGUCACCUGUCGAUGGAAACCAUUCCUGAAUGUGUCUUUCAGAAAACACUUCUUUCACAGUUGAAAUAAUCCCAAAGCUCCUGUCCGACAUGUAAGUUCAAGUAAAAUUCAUUUUGACCAUAGCAACAUAACAGUGCUUAUAAUUUGACUUUUCAUACUCUCACAUUUGUCUUGCACCAACUCAAGUUUUAAUGCUUCAGAUUAAGCUGACAAUGCACAGUUUAUAAUUUUUUUUUUGUAAACGGAAAGAAAAUGCUGUGGUCAGCAUUACAUCUGCAUGUGAUCUGGUCGCGACAAUAGCACUUGGACAGCGCCUUCCGAAGGAGGGUAUGCCCUUUAGUUUGCAGUAGCGGUUAGAUUUUUACUCUUUGUUACAUACUAGUCACGACUUUUAAAACAGAACAAAUAGUGAACAGUCCUGCAGUGUCUUUAAAUUGAAUUAACUUUUUUCUUUUGUUUGCAAAAAUAAUAUGUGAUUUUUUUUCUUUGCAGUAAUAACACAGUGGCAAAGGAGGAAGGGGCUACCAAAUGGACUGCCAGACCUUAACCAGAGUCAGUGUGGAUAAAACUCUGAACAGUACCUUCACAGUUAUACAGGGACCACCUGGAACUGGAAAGACAGUAGUGGGUGUCUACAUUGUGUACUGUUUCUCUAAGCUGAACUCUAAGAAUCCAAGGAAAGUUGAUGACCCAAAGGAUGAAAACAAGAAGCAAGUUAUUCUCUACUGCCCAUCCAACAAGUCUGUUGAUGUUGUUGCAGAGUACCUGUUAAGGUUUGGGGACAUUCUAAGGCCCCUCAGGGUCUACAGCCAACAAGUGGAGAUGCUUGAUUACCCAUUUCCAGACUGCAACCUUCAGUUUUGCCAGAGGACUCUUCGCCAAGAACGUGCCAAACCAGAGCUCAGUCUGACACUAUGCAUCGAACUUGCCCUUCAGAAGAGGGCAGAGCUCCGACACAUUCAACUUUCCUUUGAAGAAUUAGAGGACCUCCAACGCAGUCAACUUGCCCUGGAGCAAAUAGAAGAACUGACUGCUGUAGAUGUGAAAGAAUACAAAAUACUCCUCAUAGAUGCACGGACAUAUGAGCUUAAACAUCAUGACAUCAUACUGUGCACGUGUACACAGUCUUCCACCCCAAGCUUGACUAAGACAGCCAGUGCACGUCAGAUCCUCAUUGAUGAAUGUGGAAUGGCCACUGAACCCCAGGCAUUGAUUCCAUUAGUCUGCAACAACCCAGAGAAAAUAGUUUUGAUUGGUGACCACAAACAGUUACAACCCAUUGUGAAGAAUGCACAUGUGAAGAAGCUGGGGAUGGCCAAGUCUCUGUUUGAACGCUACUAUACAAUUCAUAAGAAAAGGGCAGUGAUCCUGGACACUCAGUACAGAAUGCAUGAGGACAUAUGCAACUUCCCAUCAAAUGAAUAUUUUGAGGGAAUGCUGAGAACUGGGGUCGAGCAGCCGAGCAGUGUCCUACGAGUUGGAGACAGGACAAUGCCAAUCGUUUUUGGGGACAUUGAAGGAACAACAGUCAGACUUGUUGUCAACACAGCCAAGGGCAAUGAGAACUCGAAAGCAAACCAAGAAGAAAGAAACAAAGUGGUUGACAUUGCUGAAAAGCUGGUGAAGACUGCCAAAGUUGAACAGCAAUGUAUUGUGAUUCUGUCACCCUAUAAUGCCCAAGUGUCAGAAAUCAAAGAUAAGCUGAAGGAGAAGACAAUGGAUAGAAUCACUGUGACCACUAUCACUAAAAGCCAAGGAAGUGAAUGGCGUUACGUCAUCAUAACAACAGUGUGUUCUCUGCCACGUGAAGUGAUUGAGAGUGAACCAGACGGAGCUUGGCCGUCCAAACAUCUGGGCUUUGUGGGCUAUCCCAACCAGGAAACCAAAGGUUGCUCAGCUGCAGUGGAACGAGGAGAAAACUCCUCAGCCAUUUCAAGCUUCAGGAUGCAGUGGCAGAUGCAGACAAGAUUUCGGUGCACGGUGCAGUGCAAGAUAGCUGAGCUCAGUUGUUUUUAAGAGACUUGAUGUCUACAAGCAGCACUGCAGUGUCACAACACUGUAUUUUUUUCUGGGACAUUGAAGUAUCUUUUUGUGUCUUUUUUUCAGUUUUAUAGCAGAUUUUGAUAUCAUGUGGGGGUUUUUUGUUUUGCUUUUAUUGUGCUCUGAUUUACAUAUACUCUUCUCUUUAUGUAUGCAUCUGGAAAUUUUACAACUUUGAUAAAAAUCUGUGGAAUUUCAUUGUUGUGUUCAUUUAAAUUCAAAACCUUCAGGAAGUCUGACUUGUUUGUUUUUUUGGAUUACUCAUUUUUGUAUCUACAGAAAUUUUGAUAAAAAAAAUGUGCAUUGUGUGAAAUUUUAUAAAGUGUUCCUCUUUAAUACAUUCAUUGAUUUUAUAUAAUGUUUGUACAAAUUCACAACAGUUUUACAUUUGUUUUAUUCAUGGUUUAAAGGUUUUUUGUCUCGGCCCUGUUGCAUUAAAAUAAGUUGAUAUUCAUCACACUGCA